GCAAAACAUUCUCAUUUGGUUAAAGUACGAACAUGCAUAAAGUUUAGAGUUUGCAUAAUGCCUGUAUAUUUUAUUUCUGAAGCAACAAAAAUUCCUGUGGGGGCCAUGUUCUGAGGUGUUGCAAUUCUUAAAUAAAGCAUGGGGGGUAUAAAAAAGGUCUGAAGUAAAUUAACAUGGUAAUAUAAUAUGUUUAUAACAUAGAAUAUAAUGUCUCAAUUUGCAACAAUGCAAUUACAAGAAGAUAAAGUUCGUAUUUUGCUAAGCCAAGCUGUAAGCAGAUAUUUAGAGCAGAAAAUUGUAGAUAUACACUCUACCAAAAUAGAAUCUCUAGGUACAGAGGUAGAAAUAUUGCAAGAAACUAUCAAAGCAAUAAUCCCUGAUAUUAUUUUAACUGGAGAACUAGAACUAAUUUUGGUUUUUAUGUCUGAUUCUGAAAAUGGAUACGGUUAUAAGAUUAGUUUUCAAAAUAAUAAUUAUCAAGCUAGGGGUGCAAGCACAAGUCAACAAGAGCAUCAUAUAGGUUAUAUACUAGGUUGUCUUGAUGGUACUAUUAUUUUAAAGGGUAUAGUUACGCACAGCUAUAUUAUAAACGAAGAAAAAAAUAAUACUACAAUUUUACUCAAAAGUGAAGAAAUUAAUAAAGAUUAUUUUAGAUUAGUGGAGUUAGGAUUCGAUAAAGUUUUAGUUAAGAACUAUAACCUUCAUAAAAGACUAUUGCAAACUAAAAAAGAGAAGAUUUCGUUCAUCAGAGGUUUAUUGCUAGAUAUUCAACCAAAUAAUUAUAAUGAAUUGGCGUUUAUAAAGCAAUGGAUUAAUAAUCAUCCUGUAACGUUUCGUGUUGGCAAUGAAACAAUAAAUAGAAACCUUUCUGAUGUUGUAGCUAAGAUUCCUUCCAAUAAUGUCCGAGGUGAAAAAACUUUUCUUCAUUUAGCAUCUGAAAAAGCGGACAUUAAAUUAUUAACUUUAUUGCUUAAAUGUGGCGUAAAUGUAAAUCAGGAGCUUGACAUAGAUAGUACGAAAAAAACACCGUUGCAACUUGUUUACGAAAAAAUAAAAGAUAUAGAAUUAAUUAGUAACCAACAUUUUGGUUUAGAGAAAGAUGUUGCAAAUAAAAAUUUAUAUUAUAAAGCAGCUGACUUGCUUAUAGAUUAUGGUGCUAAUUUAAGCGUUGUUAGUGAGUUUCAAAAAGUCUUAAUGACAGAUAAGCUCAUCGUCAAUACCAUAAAAAAGAUUGAUAUUAAUAACACUAAGUUGGUAACACAAGAUUUAACUAAAAAACCCGUUUUAGAGCAAAAAUGCCAAGUAAUAUCUGGUACUAACUGGAUCAGUGAAGUAGUAACUGAUAGAAUAUUAAAAGCUCAUAGUAUUGAUUUGUAUAGCAGAGAUCUUGCCUUAUAUCAAGCAGUGGCGAAAGAGCCACCCCUGCAGCCUAGAAGUAUUAAUGAAGCUAUAACAACUUAUCAAGCAAACGAUGAAGGUUUUAAAGAGGUCACAACAGAAGAAAAAAAUAACAAAGAGCAACAUUUAGAAGAGCCACCCAUUACCCAGCAAAUAAAUACUAUCGAUAAAUUAAGCAAUGAAAAACAUAAUCUAAAACAAAUAAACAAAAUUACAGCAGUUUUAUUUUUUCAAGAAAAGCAAGAGAGCAAGUCUGUGAAAGUUACAAGCUUAAAGUCUGAAGUACCUGAGGCUAAAAAAAAAAAAAGUGAACCAUUACAAUUUAACACAAAUGUUUUAAAAUAUCUCGAUCGGCAUACAACCACACCUCUAAUAAGUGCAUUAACUAUUAAAUCUAGUCAAAAAACACCAUCGCCUAAAGAUACGUUUGAAGCUGCAAAGUUUGGAAAUAUUGAAGCUAUCUUAAAAUUUUUAGACGAAGGAACAGAUGUCAAUAAAAAAGAAACAGACUACGAUAAAAAGACUGCUCUACAUUAUGCAGUAGAUAAUAAUGAAAUUGAGGCUGCUAAAUUAUUAAUCAGUAAAGGGGCAGAUAUUAGAAGUUCAUCUGCUGAUCAUGAGACUCCAGCUGCUAUAGCAGCGCGUCGUGGAUAUACCGAGUUAUUAUUUAUGCUUAUAGAAAAAGGAAUAGGCAUAAAUGAGGUUAUAAACCGUAAUGGCGGUACAGUCCUGAUGAUAGCAUCUGGACAUGGACAAAUUAAAACUGUUAUUGAAUUAAUUAGUAAAAAAGCAGACGUAAAUGUAGGUGAUUCAAGUUCCUAUACAUCAUUACAUUACGCAGCAGCUCGGGGCUUUAAUGAGACAAUAUUAUUGUUAAUUAAUAACAACGCUGAUGUAAAUGCAGUGAGCAAUAAGGGCGUAACUCCCAUGCAUUAUGCUUCAAAAAAUGCAAACGUUGAAGUUCUAAAAGCACUAAUUGAUAAAGGAGCAAAUGUAAAUAAACAAGAUGAAUUUGGCAAUUCCCCUAUUAGUUAUGCAGCCUUCAAUAAAAAGUUCGGAAAUGAUAUAAUUCAGUUACUUCUGAAUAAUCAAGCAGUUAUUAACAAUCAAGCCCUAAUAAAUGUAAUUAAAGAAGGUAAUACAGAGGCUGCUUUACUUUUUAUUAAAAAUGGAGCAAAUGUAAAUGCACAAGAUGAAUUAGGCAAUACCGCUUUGAGUUAUGCAGUACUCAAUCAAAAAUUCGGGCAUGAUAUAAUUCAGCUACUUUUGAAUAAUCGAGCGGUUAUAAACAACCACGAUUUGAUAAACGCAGUAAAAGAAGGCAAUACAGAGGCUGCUUUACUUUUAAUUGAAUAUGGAGCAAAUGUAAAUACACAAGAUGAAUUAGGCAAUGCCGUAUUAAUAUGGGCAGUAUGGAAAAGAAACAUACAUGUUGUUGAAAAUUUGCUUGCUAAAUAAGUUAAUAUAAGUUUAACAAACAAUUAUGGUGAUACAGCAUUAUUGUGGGCAGAAUAUGUCAGGCACGAGGAACUUAUAAAAAUAUUGUCCGAGUCAACAAAUAAAAAAAAAUUUCAAAAACAACAUAUUACUACUUUCUCUCAAACAACAGCACUUAAAUAUGUAUUAUUUUUACUAGACAUUAGUAAACAACUAGACCAUCAAAUAGAUACUUGUUCUCUACGUGAAACUUUGUUUUCUCCUGGUUGUUAUAAAAGAGGGUGGUCAGCUUUGCAUGUAGCUGCAGCUUAUGGUCAUAAAGUUCAGGUAAAAUAUUUAUUAUCUCAAGGCAGUAGUCUAAAUGUAAAAAAUUCGGUAAACAUCUCGCCUAUAUGUUUUGCAGCUUUACUUGACAAAAAAGAGAUAGUGGAGUUAUUUUUGGAUCGAGGCUAUAACCCAGAUGGCGAAGAAUUUUUGUCUAGGUCUGGACGAAGAAAAAAUGCAACACCACUACAUUUUGCGGUAUUAGGUGUAAAUCCAGAAAUAGUUGAAUUAUUGAUCGACAGGGGAGCUAACCCUAAUAUUUCUUUUAAGGCUAUCCCUGCACCUCUUACUAUCGCAGUAAAUAGGGAUGAUAUGACAACUAGCAGGUAUUUUAAAAAUUCAGGACUAAUAAUAGUUAAUCAUAAUAUUUUGAGAGCAGGCUAUGGUGGAAAUUUAGAAGUAGUUAAAGUAUUACUCAAGCACCCCAGCAUCGAUAUAAGCGAUGCAUUGAAUAACCUAGAAUAUUCUUAUAAAAAAAUAGAAGAGUUACUGCAUGCUAAAAGAGAUGGGAAAAAUAUAAGCGAGCUUAUUGCUAAAGAUAAUAAAGAUAAUAAAAACGAACUUCUUAAAAAAUCUUUAUACAAUGAGUCAAUUGAACUUUUAGAUAAGUUGUUUCUUUCUGAGAACGUAAAGACAGCAAAAAAAAUUGUCAAAAUACUAAAAUUACUCGUUAUCGUAUCUUCAUUUAAGCAUUUAGCCAGUAACGAAGACAAAUUUCUAGAGAUUAGCAGAGAGUUAGGCAGUAUGAGUCUUGCUCAUGAUGAUAAAUUAGCACCAAUUAAAUCUUAUAUACAAGCUUUGCUACUAUUAAAACUUGGACAAGAUAUUGAAGGUUAUAAACUAUUAACAAUGUUAAUAGCAAAGCAUAGUCAUUUGCUAGAACCACAUUUACUACUUGCUGACUUACAUUGUAAAGCAGGUAAUUUUUCUCAAGCUCAAAAAGAAUUAGAGUGGGUAAUUCCUCAAGCAGUUCAAUUAAGUGACGAAGAUAAGUUGAAGUUAGAAAAACUUAAAGAUGUUAUAGAUCUUGAAACAUAUAUAAGUAAUGUUAAAGAGAAAUUACUUAAAUAUUCUGAUCUCCGAGAAGGACUCAUGGAAGCUUUACAAAAAUUAUUACCAACUAGCUUUAUUGAUGAGAUCCAAGUAAUAUUAGCAUUGAACCUACCAUUCAAACUGAAAGCUCAAGAGUUUAAUGUAGCAUGUCUGCUUCUUGAUCUAGAAGCAUUAAUACCAAAUAAAUAUGGUAUAGUAGGAUCAAAAAAGGUAUCAGAUCGAACUACUUCAGUAAAAAGUGCUAGUAAGAAUAUCACGCCUGAUCAUCAGAUGUUUGCACCAAUUAAGUUGAAAAUUAAAGAAGCAGAAGAUUUAACACAAAAAACCGUUAGUAGCUUAAGUCAGCUCCUAAAGACGUUAAAAAAGAACGCAGGAGAAAGCAAAAACAUCUGCAAAGACAGUCACAAACACGUACUUGCAAUACUUCAUAGUUUAGAUACUUUAAAAAAAAUAAAGCUGAGCUCUAGUGAAGUUAAUAUAUAUAAUGUUAAUGCUGUCGAACAUAUGUUGAAGAAACUAGAUAACGCGAAUCAAGAAAAUGUGACAUUAAAGAAUGAGAUAUUAAGUGCAAUCAAAGCAUUAGCACAGCUAUCAGCAUUAAUACAAUAUUACUACCAGUAUAUUAUCACCUUCUGUGAAAAAUAUGGGGAUGAUUAUAAAAAUAAAAAUCCUGAAUUUAGAGAUAGAAGUUGGGAUAUUGAUGAAACAAAGUAUAUACUCAAAAUAGCCCAAAUAGUUGAAGCAAAGCAUCCUAUUCCUAGAGUCUGUUCAUUCGAGCCAACCCAUGAUCUUGUUGAAGUAAUGAUAGAAGGAAUGUCAUAUAAAUAUUUGUGGGGAUAUAACAAUGCACAGUGUACUUUAUAUAAAAAAUUAUCUAUUAAACCACCUAAAACUGAAGUGACUUUUGGUAAGCAUCCUGUGAUAGCAUAUGGUAAUGUCCAUUAUAAAUAUUAUCCAUAUGCUCCUGGUAUUGAAUUCGCUGUAAAUAGCUUAAAUAAAAUAUUGCUAGAUGAUAUAUCCAUACCUACUAGAUUAAUAAAGUUGGUAGGCAGAAGUAUGGAUAAUUAUGGGCAAGUGGCAUAUUACCAAGCGUCACCAACUAUUACUGGGCAAAAUCUGCAUGACCUAUUAAAACAGCCUUCUUAUGUUAAUUUCAUUGACUUAGAGGUUUUUUCAGCGUUGUUUAUUUCCUCGCUACUAACAGGUAGUGGUGAUGCAAAGCCUGAUAACUAUAUUGCAAGAUUUAUAAAAAAUGAUAGUGAUCAAAUAUUAAGUAUUAAACUUAUGAGUGUUGAUAACGACAUCAGUUUUUGUAAAGGCAGGUUAGGCUUUAAGAUGCUUAACAGUGGUAAAGGUAAACUUUACUCUGAUAUUUUGAAUAUCUUGUUUUUCUUUCCCCAAAUGGAUAUGCCUGUAGAUAGUAAAAUAAUAAAACUGCUUACUGAGACGGUAUUUAAGCCAGAAACGAUUAUAUCAGAAUGGUUAAAAGAACUUUAUGAACAAAAUGAAAGAUAUAAAAAACUUGAAGAAAUAGGAUUUACUGCGAAUGAUUUAUUAGAAUUAAAACUGCCAAUCGCCCUCCCUCAAGGUUGCAUUAUAGAAAUCUAUCAUAGAAUUACAAAAGUUUAAGAGUUAUUAAAUUCUGUUUUGCUUGUAACACAUAGUGCAAUAUUAAAGAAAUUUUAUCCAGCAAUGAGUUUAUAUUAUGAAGAAAAACGAGUUGAAAACUUCAUAGAUUCGAUAAAAAGCUUAUACAUGGAUACAGUAGAAGAUGAAUUAUUAAGAAGACAGUUAGCGGACCAUGAUAAACAAAUUAGUAAAGUUGCGUGGAAGACCGUUUCUACGCUUAAGAUGUUAGAUAAAAAUAGUUUUGGCAACAAAUUUAAUUACUCUCCAGAACAGUUAGCUGAAGAAUUUAUAUCAUCUAUAGAUUUUCAAAAAUUCAAACGAGGAGAAAAUGCUAUUU